CGUAAAGCGGAUUGCCGUAUUGCAGUUGAUGUUGUUGUGAGGAGCUGCACCACAAGCAGGAUGUGGAUAUUUAAAUUCAGUGUUUUGUGUUUUUUAUUUAUGUUCAUAGGGCAGUAUAAUACCAAUGCCCUUCAGGAUGUAACGGCCGACCUUUUCGGUGCCGAAAAUCACGGGACAGUGGCGGCGUUUGGAGAUUUUUACUCGGAUAAACAGACAGAUAUCUUCGUUAUCAGAGAGCAGUCUGAGGUUGUGAUAUUCUAUGCCGACUCAAAAGCACCCUACUUCAAGCCCAAAGUCACCAUAACGAAGGACAUUUUGCCAGGUAACACCAUCAUCACGGGUGUUGUGCCUGGAGACUAUGAUGGAGACUCUCAGAUGGACGUCCUACUCACAGCUCAGAUCAACUCCCAGCAGACAACUGUUUUUAUCUUUUGGGGGCACAACCAGACAUUAGAUAUGGGUGGGUGGCUCAGGCUGAACAAGACCUUUACAGAUCAACCUCUUGUUAUGGAUUUUAAUGGAGACAUGAUCCCCGACAUUUUUGGAGUCUCGACUCCCCCAAACACUGAAGUCUGCAAUUUCACAAACAGGGUUCCAGAGUGCCGUAAUGCACUCAGUUCAUCUGUCGACAUGAGAAUCCCUCACUCAAAUGCUUUCAUCGACCUCAACAAGGACUUCACUGCCGAUUUGUUCUUGACAACUGCAGGACCUAAGUAUGAGACCUGGAUCAACAAGGAUGGAAUCUUUGUCCGAGCAGAUCUCUUUCCAGAAGAGCCACCUGCCAAGAUUGUUGGACAGUCCUCCUUUGUCGACUUUGACGGUGACGGCUCCCAGGACCACCUCCUCCCCGUGUGUUUGGACGAAGUCUGUAAAAGCAGUGCCAUCUACCUGGCCAAACCGGGCUCCAAAAUGUGGGUGCAGGUGCUGUCGGAUUUCCAGCGGCGGGAAACAGUUUGGAGCUUUGUGCCAGGGAAAACCGGCCAGCCGCUGGCUCUACACCUGGGAGACUACAAUCUGGACGGCUUCCCCGAUGCUCUGGUGAUCCUUCGCAACACAAGUGGCAGUGGUCAGCAGGCCUUCCUGUUGGAGAACGUGCCCUGUAACAAUGCCAAAUGCCACAGCGUGGGAAGGAUGUUUCACAUCCACUGGGACCAAACUGAUUUGGGAGCCAUCCAAAAUGCUGUCAUGGCAACUUUCUUUGACAUCUAUGAGGACGGUAUAUUAGACAUGCUGGUUCUAAGCCAAGCAGAGGGCAAAAAAGACCUGAUCAUCCACGCCUUGAAGAACAAUUAUGAAGCUGAUGCCUACUUUGUCAAAGUGAUGGUGCUCAGCGGCCUUUGCUCCAACGACUGUCCUGAAGAUGUCAAGCCUUUUGGUGUAAACCAGCCCGGCCCGUAUGUCAUGUACACCACGGUGGACUCCAACGGCUACCUGAAAAACGCCUCAGCCGGCCAGCUCAGCCAAUCAGCUCACUUCUCCCUGCAGCUGCCCUACACCGUGCUGGGACUCGGACGCAGCGCUAACUUCCUCGAUCACCUCUAUGUUGGGAUCCCAAGGCAACCUGGAGAGAUGGACGUAAGGAAGAAGGAGUGGACGGCCAUUAUUCCCAACUCCCAGCUCAUCGUCAUCCCCUUCCCGCACAACAACCCUCGCAGUUGGAGUGCCAAGUUGUACCUGACUCCCAGCAACAGCGUUCUGCUGACAGCAAUCGCACUGAUCGGAGUGUGCGUCUUCAUCCUCGUCAUUAUCGGCAUCCUCCACUGGCAAGAAAAGAAAGCAGACGACCGAGAGAAGCGUCAGGAAGCCCACCGUUUCCACUUCGACGCCAUGUGAUAUGAGAGCACUGCAUCAUGGGAUUCCUGUCCUCAUCUGCCUCUUCCCCCUCGCCCUCCCUCCCCUCUGCCCUCACACACAUUUUUCUCUCACACAUUUCAAGGGCCAAUAAAUGGAUCCUCAUUUGCCCCAAAAUGUUUCUUUUUGAUAUUUUGCCGUCCUCCAGUCAGACGUGAAAUAUUUAUGUUGAGUUUCAUUAAUUCAUUCCAGUGUUAGAAGUACAGGAGCUGUAACAAGGCCAUGGAGACGCACAGAGAAAUCCUGAUGGAGAUGGCUGAGGAGUUUAAAGCUGGGAUUUCUGCAGAUGGGCUGCAUGAGUGGUGUUGUUAGCGUAUUCCUUUGACAAAAUGACACUGAUUUCUGUUGAAACGCCCAAUAAUUACUGCAACAUUAUGAGCUGUUCAUUCACUGGAAGGAAAGCAUUUUUGGCACAAAGUGUCAAAAUGUGAAAUGUUACUUGAAGUCUCUUUGUGUUACUGUUAUUGUCUUGUUUAUUCUCUUCUUUUUAUCUGAAUUAUUGUAGGGAAAUUAAACUGAGUUACUUUGUGAACUAAAACAGACACAUGCAUCAUAAUGAUAAUGAUAUUUUACUCACUGAGAAUGAAGAAUGGUUUUCAGGUCUGCUGAGUGCAGAUUCAUGUUUUCCCCCGUUGAUCAUAUCACAGUGCAUCAUGGGAGUGCCAAAAAAGCUUUUUUGUGUUGUGUCCCUCAAUUUCUGAUGUAACUGCUUCAACACUUAGUAGAUCAUCUAAAAACAGUUUGUCCUGCUUUACUCUGACCUUUUUGGGGAUAAUGUUUUAAUUAUUGUUGUCUUUUAAAGUUAAUCAGUCCAAGCACUCCAGUAUGUUCAGAUAUUCACUCGUACAUGAAUCAGCUCACGCCUUUCAAAGUAGUUUUCACUUUUAAGCUAAUGAUUAACUGCAGGUGUUUGUAAUUUAUUUUGCUGUGUGGAUUUUUUAUCUUUUUUUUGCUAAUGAAUGUUCGAGCUACUAAAUGUGUUUACUUAUCAGGUUUGGAAAUAAAGAUUUUCUCCUGCUUAAAAUAACU